AUGAGAUGGGCAGUUAAUCCAUGGUUUCAAUUUUCAAAAGUUCCCAAUGUAGAAGCAGAUGAAGAAAAUCAAGAGAUUGAUCGAAAACCCAGAAAUGGGAAUCCAAAAAGGGAAGAACCCAGAAGGGAAGAAAUGAAGAAGAAGCUUUGGAACGGGAGAGAAAAGGAGACUAAGGAAAUGGAGAGAAGUACAAGCCCUAGCUUUCGAGUGAAGAAAUUGUACAGAUCAGGAUCGAGGAAUCAAUCGGUCUGUGAAAUUACUGUAGGAUUUGAGAGGUUUUCGUUGGUGAAAAUGGAUGGAAAAUUGGCUUUCAGAAUAAUGAACAUCAAUGGAGAAGUAGUUGCAGAGGCGAAAAGAAAAGUUUCUUCGAAUGGAAUUGUAUUGGGAGAUGAUGUGUUGAGUUUAAAUGCAAAUUCUCAGAUCGAAAGAUCUCUGGUUAUGGCAUUGGUUUCGGUUUAUGGUUUAAUCCGUCGCCAAAUGUAAAAUUAUAUACAAAAUUUGGUUUUUAUUUUAUUUUAUAUUAUUUUCCUCUGUCUCUUUUGAGGAUUCCCCGAUGUGUAUACAACUUACAGAUUUUGGUUUCUAUGUGAACGAUUAAUGUAGAAAUUACAAAGGAAUACAAUUAAUAAUUUCAUU